CUCUCACCUCUUUCCUCCCAGACCAGAUGCACCAAGCCCACUGAGCUAUUCCUAUCAGAUGGAGGAAGAAACACAAAGGCAGAGAUAGAGCCAAGAACAAACUCAUUACUCUGGAGAGGCCUGGCAAAAUCAUUUCAAACAACUGGUCUCAGAAAUAUAGCGGGACGAGUCCAUAGCUUUAUAGUCACAUAUAAAGACUCUCCAAAGGCAAAACCAUCUCUGGUCCCAGCUGCUGGAUCAAAAUGCUGUUUACUUUAGGACUUCUCCUCCUUCUCACCCCAUUUCCCUCCUUUCAAACCACGACCAAUGAGAAGAGAGGCACCACAGGAAGCGACGUGACCAAACCCAACGCUGUUUUCACCCUGUCAAAACCUAAAACCACUGCUGCCCUUGCCAAACAGACCAUUAUUCCCACUCCCAAGGCAAGCACACUCAAUCAGACAGUUUUAGCCACACCAGCUCCCAACCAAAAGCCUUCAACUGUUGAUAGUACGUUAAACGCUAAAGGCAAGUCCAGCUCACCUGCUUCAAAUGUCCAGUUAAAUUCCACAAGGUCUGCCCCGGCCACUAGUGCUAAAACCACCAGAGAUAAACCCCAACAUGCUGUCAAUCAGACUUCAGGGGCUGAUACAAAGAUGGGCAAAGACAAACCUGCCCCCUCCACAGUUCAAAAUGUUCAGUCAACAGCCCCAAGAUCAGGAACUACCAGUGGCACGAAAAACAUCAAGACCAAGCCCACGGGAUCCAUGAAUCAAACUGCUGUCGCUAAAACUUCCCACACCAGUGAUGUAAAGACCAAAGACAAGCCCGCUGCAACCAAAGUACUGACAGGAAAGGUUGCCACAGCUGGCGGUUCGGCAUCUGACAAAGCUGCUGUUGACCAGACCGUUCUGGUCAAAGCUCCCAGCACUACAAAUACAAAAGACAAGCCUGCCCCUUCACAGCCGAUCAAGGUGGUGAUCAGUGACGGCUGUGAGUCGAGCAGCAGCAAGGAGCAGGAGCUGAAGCUGAAGCCUGGUGCUCCUCUGGUGAUGACACACAAGAUCAGCCUGCUGCCUGGUGGUUGCACCGGCGGAUGUGAAGCCGAGAUGGCGGCGCUGAAAGGACGUGUGGCCCGUCUGGAACAGGAGAUGUCCGCUCUAAAAAACAAAUGCCCGUGUUCAGCAAACUGUCCAAAUGAUUGCAGUGGCAAUGGUGAAUGUGAGAAGGGUAAAUGUGUUUGCCAACAAGGAUUCAUGGGUGCAGACUGCAGCAAGUGUGUACCAGGUGUUGAAUGUCAAAAAAAGCUUUCCAAAGGAAAACCCAAAAUAACAGUGGAGACAAUGACCCUGCAAAAAAACAAGGAAAACAUGCAGGAAAAAACCACCAGAGUAGAGCAGACACUCUUCCAGAAGAAGAAAGUUUCUGACACUAAAGGGACGGACACGAAGGCCACUAAUACUAAAGCAGGUGUUCCAAAAACACAAGCGAAGCAGGACACGUCAGUAAAGAAAACAACUACUAAGAGUUCAUCAAGUGCAACAAAAACCAGUCGCCCAACAGUUGGCCAGGUUCUCCUGAGGCAUGAUGGAAGGAAGCAAGAGGAGGCUAAAACAGCGAUCCUGUCCACAAAAAAAGUCGUGCAAAAAAGUGACUCCAGGCUUGUUAAGGAGGGAGCAGGGAGCAAAACAACCUCUAAAGCUGACCAACUGAAAGAUGACCCCCGUCAUAAUGUAACACAGAGUAAUCUAAAGAAGAGCAAUGGCACAUCCAAAAUUGUCACCAUUCUUACUAAAGUCACAGGGGCAAACAAAACAACAACAGUAAAAGAACAGUCGACUCUGGCAGAGAAGAACAUCACUCAGUCAUCUGGACAAAAACAAAUUAAAGUUGUUAAAGUAGACACCACUGACAACAGGAAAACAGAGAUUGGCAGGGGUGGUAGAGGGAAAAUUGACCAGAAGAGUCAGUACAUAGUGAAUACAACAUUUACAUCAACAUCAGAUGAGACUAAAGCUCUUCAGGACAAAACAUCUAUCCAUGGCUCUGGGGUGAACACUCGGAAGACUGGAGGGUCCGGAUUAGGGUCUGUCAGGGCUGUAAACAUCUCAUCCUACAGCUUCACUGUCACGUGGUCUGCACCUCAAGGAAUGUUCAAAAACUUUACCGUGGUCAGAAGAGAGACACAGGCGAAUGGGGAAGAAAACGAACGUGAGGAGUUUGAAGAGGAAGUUCUUGAUGCAGAGAGGCUCGACACAGCUAAGAAUGCAACUGAUGCCCUGGUACAAAUCGAGAGCAUCAACACAACAGCUUCCUCUGGAAAAACUGCUGGAUCAAGAGGCAAGGCCGAAGCCAGGAGGAUCUCUAUGGUGGUCCCUGGAAGUGUACGCAAUGUAGAGUUCAGCAAUCUCCGUGCAAACACACGCUAUGUGCUCCAUGUAUAUGGCACGACAGCAGAGAGAAGAUCAAAGAUUCAUAGAGUCAUUGCAACCACAGGCCCUGAGCCAGCCACAGAGAUGGUUUUCAGCAAUGUAACAGAGUCCUCACUGACUGUUUCCUGGACCAAACCAAAGACGGUGUUCACAGGCUUCAGGGUCACAUACACAAACAUUAUCACAGGCGAGAGCCACUGGGUGAUGGUGGCCUCUCAGCAGUCCUCCGUCACGCUGUCCAAACUAUCUGCUGGAUCCUCUUAUGUCUUCACUGUGAGUGCAACACAUGGCCAGGCUCAGAGCGACAUGCUUACAGGCCUCAUGACCACAGUGCCUGCUCCUCCCACACAUCUGCAAGUGGUCAACGUGACAGACACCAGAGCUCUGCUGCAGUGGACUCCCAGCCUGGGAAAAGUAGACCGCUUCAUCGUCAGCUAUGAGUCCUCCAAGACUCCGAACGUGACCGUGACAGUGAUGCUGUCAGGAAAUUCAGUGGAGCACCAGCUCCGAGGCUUGCAGAGAGGAACCCUGUACACUGUUAAAGUGCUGAGUGAAAAAGACAGUCUUCAGAGUAUGGCCAUCGCAACUACAUUCACCACUGCAAACGUGGUCAAAGCCAGCGAGGUCAAUGCUCGCUCUGCUUUGCUAACCUGGAGAACCACUGUAGUUUAUCACAGCUACAGAGUGAUCUACCAGGUAGUGGGAGAAGAGCCAAAGGAGUUGUUCCUGGAGCCCAGCAUCACCGAGUACAAGCUCACAGGACUGCUGCCCAUGUCACGCUAUAUUGUUCUGGUGCAAGGCGAGAUUAAUGGACACUACACGUCUAUUGUUACCACAGAAUUCAUCACAGGAAAACUCCGGUUCCCAUACCCAACUGAGUGCUCUCAGGAGCUUCUGAAUGGAGCUCUACAGUCCGGAGAAGUUGACAUCUACCCACAAGGGAAAGAAGCAGGAGCAGUGAGAGUCUACUGUGACAUGGAGACAGACGGAGGAGGCUGGACAGUGUUCCAGCGGAGGAUGAAUGGCAAAACUGACUUCUACCGAACCUGGAGUGAAUACAGGGCAGGCUUUGGAAACCUGAGUGAAGAGUUCUGGCUUGGAAAUGAGCUCCUGCACGACCUGACGAGUGUCGGCCCUGUGAGUCUGAGAGUGGACAUGCAAUCUGGAAAUCAUACCGCUUAUGCUCACUACUCUGACUUUGCCAUCGAUUCAGAGGAGAGGCAAUAUGCUCUCACAGUGUCUGGCUACACUGGAACAGCAGGUGACUCUAUGAGGUACCAUAACGGACGUCCAUUUUCGACAAGAGACAAGGACCCUGAUCCACUGGGAAUCCACUGUGCCAGGGCCUACAUGGGAGGCUGGUGGUACAAGAACUGCUACAAGACAAACCUCAAUGGUUUGUAUGGCACCAACAGUGAUAAUCAGGGUGUCGUCUGGAUAGACUGGAAAGGGAAAGAUUCCUCCAUCCCCUUCACCGAGAUGAAGUUCAGACCCUCCAGGUUCUCCCCAGCAACUCACGGUUAAGCAGAAAAUCUGAAAUCUGACAGAUUAUGAGUCCAGAAAUCCAAGUGACAGCAGAUCUGCAAGUUGCUCUUCAACUGAAAUUGCAUUAUUUUUGGAUUUGAUGGCUUCAACAACAGCUAUCAUUAGAUUUGAUAGGAUUUCUAAACUGAUCUCAUGGGAAAUAUAACAAAAAAAAACCUUGUGUAUAGUGUUCUGCUGUUCUGCCUGACCCAUGCAUUCAAUCCAUUUUUUAUUUUAAUGCCUUCAUGUGCACCACCAUGGUAUGCCACCCCACUACUACUGUAAUUAAAUAUGCACUGUCUCACACCAUUGGAAUAAAUGUGGCAAAUGUGGGUCUGAAAAAAGUCUGUUUCUUGUUUUUGUUUUUUGAAGGAGUAAAAUAAAAUCCCCUAAAC